UUGUUCUGUCUGUGGAGAAGCUGGUUGCCAGGAAGUUGGGCGAAUGAAAUUCAUUUUUCACAGUUGGUGAUGGCGGAUGUCGAAAUCGACACCAUGAAGAAUUACCACAUAGCCUUUGAAAGAAUAAACCCCGAUACGAGUCGUUACCCCUACUGUAUCGUGUGGACACCUAUCCCCGUACUAUCAUGGCUGCUACCAUUCAUUGGACACAUGGGAAUCUGCACCUCUUCUGGUAUCAUCCGGGAUUUUGCUGGGCCCUAUUUUGUCUCUGAAGACAACAUGGCCUUUGGGAGACCAACAAAAUACUGGAUGCUGGACGUAGCCAGGGUGUAUGCUAGUGGCUCCAACGCCUGGGACACAGCAGUGCAAGACGCCUCAGAGGAAUACAAAAACAGAAUGCACAACCUCUGCUGUGACAACUGUCACUCCCAUGUGGCCAUGGCUCUGAACCUGAUGCGCUAUGAGAACAAAACCUCGUGGAACAUGAUCAACCUCUGUCUGCUCUCUCUAGUCCACGGAAAACACGUCAGCUGUGCAGGGUUCCUGAAGACUUGGCUUCCCUUCCUCAUGUUGCUGGGUAUCAUCCUAACUGUGGCUCUGACCAUUAACCUGCAGUGACCAGCCAACCAGGUGGGAGGACACAGCUUACAGGGGGCAAGGAGCAGAGGGGGGAGUGGGAUGGACUCCCUGCAGAAGGUGGGCGAGGGAGAUUUGGGGGGGGUGGCACAAACCGGGAGGGAGGGAAUGGGAACCCUCUGCAGGUUGAAAGUGACUGUUGAGGUGGGAGGUGUAACACCUACUCAACUCUGAUUGUGAGGGUGGAGAGGGAAAACGACAUGGAACUGUGACAACCCAGCAACAUACAAACCAAUGAGAGGACAAAGAAGAGAAGGCCAAAAACAUCCUCCACUCAACUAAGCACAAAGCCUGUUUGUUUGUAGGACCAGGCAACCUGGCUUUCACUGGUGGCGUGAUCCUACUGAAGCUGGAAUACAUUUGGAUGGCACUUUUAGUUGUUUGUUUAUUUUGGGGUUGAGAGUAAUUGUUCUUGAUGGACGGUAGUUUACUUUUAAAUAUUUGAAUGCCCUCCACAAACAUCCCAAGUCCAUAAAUGUUUAUGCAAUUUUCAAAUGUUUUGAUUUUCAAUGAAGGCCUAGUAUAUGGUUAUAGACCAUCAUAACCAUCCAUUACCUAGGAAUGUGGAGGAGGAUGUUGCUGGCUCUGUAGAUUACAGUAGCGAUGGUAGUGGUGGAGGGGGUAGGGGUUGUUCUUUCUUUCAGGGGUAGUAGUCUUGUCUCCCACAGGGACAGCAGCAUCCUUGCCUUUCUCUCUCUGCCAUGCUGAAACCAACACCCACCAUCCAUUUGAAUGACAUGGGACUAUGAUGAUGAUACACUGACUCAGUGCUUCCCAUACUCUGAGAUAAAUCAAAUACUCCAUCUUGAUAUUUCACUUUAAUGCCUUUCAAGGAAUGUGUUAUUGCGUUGGCAUGGUACGCUUGGUUUGAUACAGUUCCUAUUACUGCAACUUUUAAUAACCUGUGAUUCACCAAGAGUGGUUUGUUGUUUCAAUGAAUUCUACCUAUCUACUACUGUGGACUGUAUCCAGGAUAACAACUCUCAAAACGCUGCUAUUAGCAAGUGAUGCCUCAUCUUGUGUGAUAUCAAUGAGCACAGUUGAACUGCUUCUGUCUGCAUCUUAUUUAAAUAUUUGUGUUUUUCUUAACUCAUUGACAUUUGUAUGUUUAGACCCAUUUUAAUGGUGGCUCUUUUCAAAACGGGAUUACAGAUUAUAGAUUUCAGAUAAUCUCAUUAAGUGUGUUGGAUUAUUUGGAUACUUCGUACAGUGGCCAUGGUAACCUCUGUGGAACCCUGGACUCAUAACUCCGGACUCCACCUGCAGAUGGGAAUGGAAUGCAUGAUGUUCUGGAAUGCUGCAGAGUUCAUUUGUGUUCUGUGUUCUAGAAUGUGAGUGUGCUAAAUGGAGAUCUUCCCAGUCCCUACAGGAGAGGGAUCACUGCUUUCUGAUCCUGAACACUCAAAAACUCCAACAUCAACAUGUGCCCUAGAAGAAAUAAGUACCUCUGACUCCGAGCUCUGACUGGGUUCUUGAAAAAAUUAAAUUAAUUCAUAUAGUUGGUGCCUGAAAAACAAUGGUAUUCUAUCAUAGGUCUUCCUGGAUAAUGUGUAUGUACAUAAAUGGCUCAAUUUAUAUCAAACUACAUGUUUAGACUAUACCAUCUAUAUUGAUUUGGUAUGUAGUAUCCUACAUUCAAACACUGGCUAAUCCUAGAUGAUGGUUGGCACACAAAAUCCAUUGCCAUGGCUUCCUUCUGCGGUGGCAGGUUCAAAUCCCCUCAUUGUUUGGAGUGAAACCACAAAGCGCUGAGCCUUGAGCUUUCUCUCUUUAGCCAUGGAGCUGCCAGAAGCAGCAGGUAGCCUGCUGGGUCCUCCAGGUUGAACACACCAAUACCCUUGUCACACUACCGAGCUGGACUGGACCGAUGUACUUAGCUGGCGUGGUUACGCAUCCAGCCACGCUGAAAGGAAAAAGGUCUGAGCCAGCACAGCUUGGUUUGGGUCGGCACGAUAGUGUGAAAAGCAGUCAAGUCUUUGGCUUAAUAUCCUGGGGUCUCCUCUCCUCCUGUGCCAGAGUGCCACUCCUGCUGUCUCAGAUGAGAUUAGAAGGACAUUGUGAAAUGUCAAUGCAUCGCCAUGCAGCCCUUUUCACAUUCCUGCUUUCUCUCCUGUCGGACUUCAUUCUUUAAAAUUCCAGCAAAUGUGAUCGAUGUUGAUCUACUACUGCAAUAACCCCACAUUGUAUGUAAAAAAUGAAAAACAAACAACGUAUAUAUUGGUGUAGGUUUUUAAAGAUCCUUUUGUUUUCCAUGACAUUCACAGUCAAGGCAGUUUUACACUAUUUCUGUAGCUGUUUUUGGUCGAUUUUAUGCCAAGAUACCAAUUCUUUCUAGGGUAUUUACACUCCUUUGGUGUGCUUAUGCCUAGAGGUACCAUGGCUUCUUUCUCAUAUUUUUCCUUUCAUGUUCAUGCGCAAAUAUUAGACCAAGUGAUAUUGUCUUAAGUAACAUUGUAUAAUCUCAAAUAUCCUGUUUUAAUUUAUAUUUAUAUUGUAAAUGAACUAUCCUCCUUAGUUUCCUUAAUUUUCUACAUGCAAUACCAUACUAUAUUAUAUCAAAACUCAUCACUGUU